UCCCUUUAAAAAAUUCGAACCAGACUUCUAGAUUUGAUAACGAUUAGAUUAUGGAUUUGGAAGAAGAGUACGAUCAAGGAUACGACGAUGAGGAAGAAGAUAUAACUCAAGAGGAUGCCUGGGCCAUAUUUCGAAGAAAACGGUCUUGUUCAUCAACAGCUUGAUUCGUUCGAUGAGUUUAUUCAGAACACUAUGCAGGAAAUUGUUGACGAGUCUGCAGAGAUCGAGAUCCGACCCGAAUCUCAGCACAAUCCGGGUCAUCAACCUGAUUUUGCCAGCAAUUUGUUGGAGAACUGGUCUGAUUUCUGCACCUGAAAGAGACAAAUUUUGUGAAAGAUUUAAGAAGAUGGCAACAAGAGAUACAAUCAACAAACAAGAAGAAAACAAUGACAAGAUGAGCAAACCCAUGAAGAAGGCCCUACUUGUUUUGAACUGCAUAAUGCUGGGAAUAGGCAACUGCGGUGGCCCGUUGGUUCAACGUCUUUACUUUGUUAAAGGCGGGAAACGUAUAUGGAUAUCGAGCUUUUUGCUAACAGCGGGCUGGCCGUUCUUAAUCAUCCCACUAAUUUGUUCUUUUUGGUACAAAAGAAGAAAUGGAAGCCAAGAAACCAAGCUGAUCUCUUUGAAGCCAUCAGUCUUCUUUCCUUGUGCUAUUCUUGGAGUUUUGACCGGUUUAGAUGAUUAUCUGGCUGCUUAUGGCGUGUCUCGUUUACCAGUUUCGACAUCUGCUUUGAUAAUCGCCACCCAGUUGGCGUUUACAGCUGGAUUUGCGUUUCUUUUGGUGAAACAAAAGUUUUCUGCUUAUACAAUCAAUGCUGUGGUUUUGCUUUCUAUUGGUGCUGUGAUUCUUGCACUUCAUUCCAGCACUGAUCGGCCCGAUCAUGAAUCUAACAUCAAGUACUAUGAAGGUUUUUUCAUGACAUUAGGAGCUUCGGCUUUGUAUGGCUUCAUUCUACCAUCGAUAGAGCUAACUUUCAAGAAAGCUAAACAACCCAUUACUUACUCCUUGGUUAUGGAGAUGCAGAUCGUUAUGUCGUUCUUUGCGACUGUCUUUUGUACUAUUGGAAUGCUGAUCAACCACGACUUCAAGGCAAUUCCUCACGAAGCAAGGAACUUUGAGCUCGGGGAAGUGACAUACUACGUGAUUCUCUCAGCUAAUUCCCUUCUUUGGCAAUUCUUCUUCUUGGGAGCAAUCGGGGUCAUUUUUUGCGCCUCGUCGUUAUUGUCUGGAGUAAUAAUCGCUACACUUCUCCCCGUGACUGAAUCGUUAGCGGUUUUGUUCUUCCAUGAGAAGUUUCAAGUGGAAAAAGGACUUUCUCUCGCAUUAUCGCUUUGGGGAUUCGUUUCCUACUUCUAUGGAGAGUUUAAACAGGUCAAGAAGAUGAAGCGUGGCCUUGAAGUAGGUUCGGUACCAUGAAACAUGCAACUAGUCCACUGCAUGUGCUUGUAUUACUCUAUAUGUAAAGUUAUAGCUCUGUUAUAAAACACGUUUGGUUCUACCAUGACUUUGCUUUUUAUUUUGAUA